AUGAUUCCUAAAUCCGGUUGGACCAGCUUGUCCAAAGCAAUUGUACUGGUCAGUGGACCCGAUUCGACCAAGCUACUCAAUGGUCUCGUGACCUCCAGGUUUCUACCAGCAAUCACCAAAAAGAAUGAAUACACAGUUUCAACCUCUACUACUGCCAAAGACUCUCCCCAAUUAGAGACAUUUAAUGUCACUUCCAAUUGGGGAGUCAUUCAUGAAGACAUUUAUCAAGAGCCUUCGGACGUAUGGAUGUCGCGGAACGGGAUUAAUUCCAUGUUUCUUAACAGUAAAGGCAGAGUACUAUGGGACUGCUUUAUAUACCCUACUCCCUAUACGUCUACAGUUACCAACACUGAUGAAAGUCAAUAUCUUAUUGAGGUUGAUCCAUGUUUUGAGAGUAAACUCAUGUCGUACUUGAAGAUCCACAAAUUAGGUAGUAAAAUCACUAUAAAGAAACUCGACAAUGUAAUUUCCAAUUACUAUUAUAAUGAUGAUAUUGAAAAUGGAUUUGAUGAUUAUUUAACGGCUUUAGAUGAAACAUAUGGCUAUAAUUAUACUGUCAGUGAUUCAUGGAAGAAUGCCCAAUUAAUGAAGGACAAACUCUUUAAUCCUAAUGUAAUUCAUAAUGGUAAUCUAUUGGGAUUUGCAGUUGAUAAUCGUAUUCCAAAUUUUGGACUUAAAUUCAUCACCACCGGAUCAAAGGAAGCAGCAGUUACUGCUGAUGAUGACUCCGAGUCACCCUCACCAUUUAUAUUCCCAGCUAAUAAAAUCAAUCAGCAGGAUAUAACCCAAAGAAGAUAUAUCAAUGGACUUUAUGAAUGUGGUGAUAAUCCAACAGUAUCGCUUUUCCCCUUUGAGUAUAACUUGGAUUAUAUCAAUGGGUUGUCCCUUGAUAAAGGCUGUUAUAUUGGUCAGGAACUUACCAUAAGAACUUAUAAUAAUCAACUUUUCCGCAAACGAAUAAUGCCCGGUCAAUUCUUUGAUAUUAUAAACGGUCCUCCUUCCCAAUUAUCACCAUCUCAUGUAUCAUUAACAGUUGCUGACGAUUCCCUUUUACCAAUGAAUGACAUCGAAUUGGAAACUCAAGCAGCAGCCGUUGAAGCAGAAGAAGCAAUAGGAUUCCAACCUUCAACAAAUCCAUUUGGUGGAAUAUCGAAAGUGGUUCGUAAACGAAAAGCUUCUCCAGGCAAAAUCUUAUCAUCCCGAGACAACUUAGCCUUUGCUUUAGUCAGUAUUGGUGCUAUAGAGAAGAGUAAAGGCAUCUUUCAAGUGAAAACUGACCAAGGACCCAAAGGUUUUAAAGUCUUUACUCCUGAUUGGUGGCCUCAAUAA